ACUAAAGAAACUUUUCUGUCCCGGUGUCUCUGCGUAGAGAGAAAAAAGAGGACUACAAUUGGUGAUUAGCUUAAAAUUUUGGUAUAUUUCAUUUGACCAAAACGCCCCCUUGUUUUCUGGGAUGAUUGGCUCCCUCACGGGGCCUCACCUAAUAUGCAAUGCCUAUCGAUCCCUUACCCAAAACAAACUUCCAAGUUCCAAGUCAAUGGAUAGGACAGCACAACUACCAUUCAAUUUACUUUACUUGACUGACCAAAAAAAAAAAAAAAAAUUGAUUGGCUUGGCAAUUGGAAUCGUCACAUAACUCAAUGUAUGGUUCAAUCAUUUCUACGGUAGACUCAAACUUCAUUUUGCAACUAAAAUGUCUUAGGACAUUAAAUUUGCGUAAAAAUGGCAUAAUUGAAGUCCCAAAGGAAAUUGGUGAAUUGAAACAUUUGAGGCAUGUUGAUUUGUCAAGGAAUGAUGGUUUGAAGAUAUUGCUGGAGAGUAUAUGUGAGUUGUACAAUUUGUAUACCUUGCGCCUAUAUUAUUGCAGAUCACUUGAAAAAGGGAUUCGGAGACUACAAAAAUUGAGAACAAUUGAAGUGUGUGUUGUGGUUUGUGAUGAGGAUGAGGACAAAGAAGCAUUACAACUGGGAGAUCUGAGAGGCUUGAACCUUGAGGGCCGUCUCAGCAUAAUAUUAAAGGGGAAUGUGAAAGAUGAGAGUGAGAUUGAGAAAGCAAAAUUGUGGCACAUGAAGCAACUCUUUCAUCUCGGAAUUAAUUCUUACUAUGUCCAAUACAAGCAGACAUCAAGCACCGUUGAAAUACUGAAUGUCUUACGACCGCACGAAAAUCUGGAAUCUUUAAGCAUUCGUGUGCAUUCAGGCGCCACUUGCCCCCAACUGGAUGAUGUCUUUGAAGCGUUGGAAGAGUGGGAAGUAGGUGUGGAAGGGUGGAACAAAGAGGAUUUUGAAAUUUCAAUCAUGCCAUGCCUUUCCUCCUUAGAAAUUCGUGACUGCCAUCACAUAAAAACGCUGCCAGACUUCCUUUGCAACACUCCACUGCAGGAUCUUACCAUUUACAAAUGUUCAACUCUUUCUAAGCGUUGUGAACAAGGCAGUGGAGAAGAGUGGCCCAAGAUUUCUCACAUCCCAAACAUCAAAAUCAACAUUUGACUUCUCAUAAUUCAUAUGAUCUUCAAAGGACAUGAGCAAUGCGGAUCAAGUGGUGACUUGCGAGGUAGGAAUAUGCAUUAAUCUCUUUGGAAAGGUUAUUUUCUUCUUUUAUAUAUAUCAAAUUAGUAAUGAUUAUUUAACUUCUCAUGCACAUCUUAUUGAUUUAUGAUGCGUUUUUAGGUAAUUAUUCAUCUGCACGUACCAAAUUCGAUAUCAAGUUUUCACGGCACAGGGAUUUGCUUAUCUCAGUUGCUCAAAUUUUCGCAGAUGUGAGCCAAGUUAAGGAGCCUCAUGCCUCGGAUGCCUCGGAUAAAUUGCAAAGUUUUAUUCUUGCUUGCUUAAAAGUCCUUCUCCAUAUCGAGUCAAGGGUUUAUGUUAGGUCUUAAAGGAUAAGACUUUGAUAUAACAAAACUAUAUGGAUUCAAUCGAAUUGAAACUAUUCUGCAGU